AUGGCCAGCUUCUGCCAGCUUCUCACCAGUGCUCUCUUCCGCAACUACCUCACAGGCCCCCUGGUGAAUCUCCCGCCCAUCCGAGUGGACUUGUCCGACAACUACCUGUCGGGUUGUACCUCCCCUUCUUCCUUCUCCAACCCUUUCUUCUCCAACCCUUCCUUCUCCCACUUCUCAAGCCUAU